AUGUUUAUUCUGGGCACAAGCAUACUCCGCGCCUAUACCAACGUUUCCGGACGUUUUCGUGGUCGGCACAGGGCAACCACGGCCCGUACGAACCAGUCCGAGUUGCGCGUCCGGCGCUGUGGCUCCGUCAAGUACCGGGCGGCAGCUUCUAGACGUUCCCGCUCGAGCGUGCUUGCGUCCGCCACGGGAGGAAACGCGUCGCACCUAAAAGAGGCCCUACAGGCCGGUGAAACUAUAGCCUACGAAGUGGAGCCGGGCACCUUGCCCACGACCCUUCCGGAUGGCUUCUGGUACCGCUGCCUCAGCGGCGAUGUGGACAACUGCAUCAUAAACGGACUCGUUGCAUACAGUCUCGGCUAUGUUUUCGAUGGAGAACGCGACGUAUGGGAGACUGAAUACGUUCCGAAAGAGUGGCUACAAGCUUUUCCCGAUGGAGCGCCACCUGACUUUAUCGGCUCUUCGAAGAACCACGCCAGAGAGGCAGAUGAGCCGGUAAAGCGGGCGAUCCAGAAGCUGCAACAGUCGCUACCAAAAGAGUAUCGUCAAUUCCUUCAACGUCGACUGCCGCAGUUCCAUGGAUACCAAAUAAGCGAGUUGACACCAGAGAAAACUCGACGAGCGCAGUGCAUUAACUAUUUGUUGGCGCGUAUCGACAUGCAGGAGAAAGGGCUCCCGCACUGA